UUUUUGUUGAUUAUGUGUACUUAUUCAAUUUAUAAGGAUCUCCCCCAAUUUCUGAUUUUCUUCUACACGGAAGAGACGAGCACCGAACCCCCAAUUUUCUGAGAGGGAGAAGAAACAGUCGAACAGCAAAAGCAUCUAAUGGACGAUGGGGAAGGAGGUCUAAGCUUCGACUUCGAGGGAGGUCUGGAUAAUGGUCCUGUUCACCCUACUGCUUCCAUACCCGUAAUCCAGUCAACGGACCAGAAUGCAGCUACUGCCGGCCUAAACUCCAGUAACCAUUCAACUGUCCCCUCAGCACCCCCGUCCGCUGUACCGGAAUUCGGUCCGGGUGGCAACCGGCGGAGCUUCCGCCAGACUGUAUGCCGGCACUGGCUGCGGUCUCUCUGCAUGAAAGGCGAUGCCUGUGGCUUCCUGCAUCAAUAUGACAAGUCCCGGAUGCCCAUAUGCCGCUUCUUCCGGCACUAUGGGGAGUGUCGCGAACAGGACUGUGUUUAUAAACAUACUAAUGAAGACAUAAAGGAAUGCAACAUGUACAAACUGGGAUUUUGUCCAAAUGGUCCUGAUUGCCGGUAUAGGCAUGCCAAGCUUCCUGGACCCCCACCUCCAGUGGAGGAAGUUCUUCAGAAAAUUCAACAUUUAGUAUCCUAUAACUUUGGUCACCCAAACAGAUUUUCCCAAAACAGGAAUUCAAAUUUUGUACAACAAUCAGAAAAAUCUCAGAGUGUGCUUGGUCCUAAUGGUGCUAGUCAAGCCAUUAGAAGUUCAAUGGCAGAAACCCCAUUUCCCCAACAACAGCUGAAUCAACAAGCUCAACAGGUGCAGCAGAGCACUCAGAAUCAAACACUUUCUGAUGGACAGCAAAAUCAAACCAGCAGAAGUGCUGUACCCUUACCUCAAGGAACAUCUAGGUACUUUAUAGUCAAAAGUUGCAAUCGUGAGAAUCUGGAGUUGUCAGUACAACAAGGAGUAUGGGCAACUCAAAGAAGCAAUGAGGCUAAACUAAAUGAAGCAUUUGAUUCUGUGGAAAAUGUCAUUUUGAUCUUUUCAGUGAAUCGGACUAGACACUUUCAGGGUUGUGCAAAGAUGACAUCUAGAAUUGGUGGUGCUGCAAGAGGAGGAAAUUGGAAGCAUGAGCAUGGAACUGCACAUUAUGGACGCAACUUUUCUCUUAAAUGGUUAAAGCUAUGCGAAUUGUCCUUCCAGAAAACCCGUCAUCUGAGAAACCCAUUCAAUGAGAACUUACCAGUGAAGAUUAGCAGAGAUUGUCAAGAACUAGAGGCCUCUGUUGGGGAGCAGUUGGCUUCCCUGUUGUAUCUUGAGCCAGACAGUGAGCUUAUGGCAAUCUCACUCGCAGCAGAAUCAAAACGAGAAGAGGAGAAGGCAAAGGGUAUGGACUUUGAGAGUGGGAAUGAGAACCCAGAUAUUGUACCGUUUGAAGAGAAUGAAGAAGAAGAGGAUGAAGAAGAAGAGAGCGAGGAAGAGGAUGAGAGCUUUGGUGGCCAAGCAGCUUUUGCACCAGCAGCCAUAAGCAGAGGAAGGGGCAGGGGAAUGCCAUGGCCUCCAAUCAUGCCUUUAGGACGUGGGCCCUGGCCUCCCCUCCAUGGGAUGAGGGGGUUUCCCCCGACGAUGAUGGGUGACGGGUUUCCUUAUCCUGGAAUGACUCCUGAUGGCUUUCCCAUGGACUUAUUCGGCAUGGGCCAACGUCCUUUCGGCCCGUACGGCCCGAGAUUCUCUGGCGAUCUGAUGUUCCAUAACCGACCACCCGGGGGCGCAUUUGGGCCGAUGAUGGGCCAAGGAAGAGGGCCAUUUUUAGGCCCACCUAGAGGACACCCGGGCGGGAUGGGUUCACCGUUCGUCCCUCCACCCCCAUCACAUGCCCUUCAGAACUCCUAUCGCGGUAGAAGAGAACAAAAAGCGCCAAGUAGUAGUGAUAGAAAUGAGAGGUUUGGUUCAGGCCCGCCUGAUCAAGGUAAGGCUCAAGAGAUGGGAAGUUCAGGCGCGGGGGCUGAAGAAAAAGUUCCUUAUUAUCAUCACCAGAAUAGCCACAGAAACGAUGAGAGCGAGAGCGAGGAUGAGGCGCCGAGAAGGUCAAGACACGGCGAAGGGAAGAAGAGACGAGGGGGUAGCUUGGAGAGCGGAGACGUAACUCCCAUGUGACAAAUGGCUGGAUGAGAUCGGAAGCCUAUCCUUCUUUCCUACGUGCAUUCGUAAUUAUACAGCUGACACGGAAAAUUAGUAUGCUAUAGUGUAGCCAUCCGUGUAGGAGGCAAACAUGGGAACACAGAAGAAUUUGGAAACACAAUCUCUUCUUCGUGAAGAAAGAACAGUAAUCCAACUAAAAGAGCAUUGCAGUUGGUUUUAGUAAUAAAGAAACCUGCUUCAUUCUGGAUAUUAUUCUAGCUUUCAAUUGUGUAUAAUAUGUUGAAUUAAAGGUUCAGGAUAGAAUUUGCUGUUCCAACUUUGCAAUUCACAGCUUUUCUGCAUCGGUAUGAUUGCAAUAUGCCAAUAUGUAAUGUUUGUUUAAAUAGUAACCAUCUUUUAAUUUGUGAUUUUUUAAUAUCCAGAAGUUUAUGAAAUUGGUUAGUUUUGCCACC